CGGCGGCCACACGGAGAGAAAGGAGAGCGCCGGGAACCGUCGCCUCAGUCCCCGCCGGCCGCCGCCACCGCCGCCGCCACCGCCGCCAGUGGACGGGUUGGGCCCCUUCGCCGCCGUCGUUCUCCCCCCGUCGGCCGCCAGGCCUCCGCCGGACUUGCCAUUGCCACAAACUAUUAAAAAAUGGUGGAUUACUAUGAAGUACUAGGAGUGCAGAGACAUGCCUCAGCUGAGGACAUUAAAAAGGCAUACCGUAAAUUGGCUCUCAAGUGGCAUCCUGACAAAAAUCCUGAUAAUAAAGAAGCAGCAGAGAGGAGAUUCAAACAAGUAGCAGAGGCAUAUGAGGUGUUAUCAGAUGCUAAGAAACGUGAUAUCUAUGACAGAUAUGGAAAAGAAGGAUUAAAUGGAGGAGGUGGAGGUGGAAACCUUUUUAACAACGAGUUUGAAUGUGGAUUCACAUUCCGUAACCCGAAUGAUGUCUUCAGGGAGUUUUUUGGUGGAAGAGACCCAUUCUCAUUUGACUUCUUUGAAAAUCCAUUUGAGGGCUUUUUUGGCAGUGCAAGAGGUCCACGUGGAAAUAGAAGCAGAGGUGCAGGACCAUUUUUCUCUGCCUUUAGUGGAUUUCCGGCUUUUGGGAGUGGCUUUUCUUCGUUUGAUACAGGUUUUACUUCAUUUGGUUCACUGGGUCAUGGAGGUCUGUCUUCAUUUUCCUCCACAUCAUUCGGUGGUAGUGGAAUGGGUAACUUCAAGUCCAUAUCAACCUCUACCAAAAUAGUUAAUGGCAGAAAAAUCACAACAAAGAGAAUUUUUGAGAAUGGUCAAGAAAGAGUAGAAAUUGAAGAAGAUGGCCAGUUAAAGUCCUUAACAAUAAAUGGUGUGGCAGAUGAAGAAGCCUUUGCUGAGGAGUGCAGCCGGAGAGGACAAAAUGCCCUGCCCUUCCAGCCCUCCAAUGUCCGCUCUCUGAAGUCUCAAAGACCUGCUACUCUCCCUAAGCAUGCGUAUCACUAUAAUUGUGAGGAGGAGGAGGAGGAGGAGCAGGAUAGACCACGGGUCACAAGCAGCUGGGAUCCCCCCAUUUUCUCAGCAGAACUACCGUGGGUUUUUCAAGACACCUGCCCUUUCAAAAGCUUAUUUCCGACACAAAGAAGGUGGCAAGAGGAAGAAGCAGAAGCAGAGGGAGGAGCAGAAGAAGAAGAAGUCAACGAAGGGGAAUCACUAAAAUGGACUUAGAUUCACUAAAACCUCUGAAAAAGUUGCACCAUUCGUUCAUAUAUUUGAGCACAAUUGCAGGGGUGUGUGUGUGUGUGUGUCUGUGUUGUUUUGAUUGUACACAUUGCUCGACAGGUAAAUGGUACUUUUGUCUUUAAUACCUUACUAAAAUUGCACUAUUCCCCAUUUUUAGCAGUGCUGGAGGGAAAUUUGGACAGUGGAGGGUCAGGGUGCUUAUAUCCAGAAUCAGCUAAAUUGAUGAGACUGUGGUUAGGAAUGUAGUUUGUGUUGAGGAUCGCCCCCUGAACCUACUCCCCAGUAGUCAUGCUUUCCUUUAAAACAUAAUUAAGGAAUCUGUCUUUUAAAGGGAUGCAUUCAGCUAUCUUACAAUCUGCUGAAGAUAUUUAUAGUAUUGCAAGUUCAAACCAUAAUGCAACAAGUACAGACUGUUCACUUGCCUACUAUCUCACUGUUUUUCUUAUUUAAGGCAGAACACUUGGGUUCUUAUGGCUACAACUAAACCUAUUGAUAAUUUAAAUAAGUCCAUCAGAAAGGUACGGUCUCUGGCAUUUUAAGGUUACUAGCUCUGAUUCAAGGCUCCUCUCCUGUCUUGUGGUGCAUGGGAAUCUCCCAAGGAGUUAUUCUUCAGAAAAAUCAUUCCUGAUGUUCUGUAGAAUUAAAAAAAAACAACUCCAUUACCAAAAGAUGAAAAUUCUCCUUUGAAAUUCUAUGUUUUUAACUGAGUUCCCCCCCCCCCCCUUUUUUUUUUUGGAAUGUCAAGUUUCUUUUUGGCCAAGCGUAGGAUUCCACAGGCUAAAUUAUUUUGGGCAGAACAGCAGUCCUGGCUGUUAGCAGCUACUAUUUGUGAUUAGCCAGUGAGGAAAAAGUUAGAUGAGUGUGUGCAUGACUCAUCACAUACACCAAAGAAAAUUUUUUUGCACACAUUUUCUGCAUUGUUUUAAUAAUUUCUCUUGAAUGUGGCAAAAUUACCUUGUAGCUUCCUGUAAUUGCUUCAUUUGCAUGAGAUAUCGCUUCUUAACCUUUCAUUUCUGUUGAGCAUUUAGCUGAAUCCCCAUUUUGCCUUAACUUGUUUACUGCAUGUUUUCCUUGUUGGUGAAUUACUCUUUCCUAAUAUAAUAAGACUUUGUUGGUCAUAUAGCUUUCGUUCUUAUUGUCCUUUAGAAAUAUAAUAUGGUUAAAGCAUUCUGAUAUGAAAGAAAUGUCAAUACCUUAAAUCUAGUAGUGCUUGGAGUCCAAACAACUUAGCAAAAUACUGUUCUUCAGCAUCAGUAAUGUAGCAAUGCCCAGAUUUGGAAGAAAAAAUUCAUGUAAACUCUGCUCUUCUCAAAUGACUGCUAGAACAAGCACGCACGUAGUAUUAAGAGUGUUUUGGGUACCUAGACUGUGGAUUAGUAUUGAAUGCUUUAUUGUGGAAAACUGUCAUCUUCUGUGAGUGUUGGCCAUGUCCUGCAGAACUGGAUUGCAAAAUUCAGUAGUUUGGGUUUUUUUUUUUCCUCUUUGGUUUGUCACAUGAUCGCCACUGAAUUGUGCAGUGUUACUAAUAUUAAAAAAAUAAAUGUAGUUUUCCUUC